AUGGCCGAAACAGUCGCAGACGACGAGAAGGAAAUGCGGAGCCGACUGCCCAGCCAGGACGAAGGAUCGAGACUGCUCGGCGAACCGGCCGAGGAUAGCUUCUGCGAGCGCAUCAAGCCAAAAGUGAGCCUGUGCCUAGGCACUACGGCCGUGCUGUCGUUCAUGGUGUUCCUGUUCCUCGUGCCUUUUGUGGUCGACCCGGCGGUGUCCCGGCUGAUCGCCCGGUACGCGCCCGAGCCCGGGACGUGCGCGCUGCAUGAGCACGUGUUCGCCGCGGGACUGAGCAAGUGUACAUGGUCGUCGUGCCGGGAGGGCUGCACGUCGGCCACCACGCGGUGCCAUCAGAUAACCGUCAACUAUUCACUGACGCCGUACCAACAAUACGAACAGGACCACAUGUCUCCCGAGUCGCUGGAAUGGGCGGGCACGGCGGUCCGGUUCCUGGUGAACACCGAAGGCUGCGGUUAUCCGCCGUUCGUUAACUGCAGCACGUUCGCCCAUAGGUACGGCCACAUAAGUUUGGAGGACAUCCUCAAGUUCAAUGACAUCGACCAGCCGAUGAUCCAGGAACUUUACAGGCACGGUAACGAGACAUCGCUGGGGCUGCCUCCGCCUCCAAUGUUGUUGGAGGGCUCUGACGGCACGCUGCAGACGACGGCAGUUGACCGCCGGGAGAGAGAAAUUUCCGCCGUGGCGCCGGAAGUCGCAUUAAAAGUUUUCCCGUGUUACUACAGCCGUGCUUACCCAGACAGGGUGGUAGCCGACUACGACUGGCACCACACCAUCAAGACUCUGGUGGCCGCCGUCGUCAUACCCUGGACACUGUUCGUCCUGUCGUGCACGGUACUGUGUUACUGGUACUGUCCGGCGCUCAAAAGGGAGUUCAUGAUCGACAAGAGAAAGACAGCGGCAAUCAAAAACGAAAACCCGCAACUAGUGAUCAGGAGAAAAUUGUCCAAACGGCCAUUCAGCACAGACGAAGAAGAUGGUGAAUUUUGA